UCAGCAAUGAAUAGAAGCCUACUGUGUACAGGGCAUCGUCUUAGAAACUAGGAAAUGUCAGAGUCCAGCCGAGUUCAUCUCUCAGUGUGAGCCAGGAAGCCGAAGAGAGCACAGUGAUUUAUAGGCUGAGCCUGCCAGCCGACCUUGUCCCAGCAAAGACUCAUUUUCAACAAGCCUCUCUUCCAAGCGAUUAUUCGCUGUUUGUGCUGCUUGGGGCUUGGCAUGCUUCUGCAAUUCCUUUGACCAAAGAGAAAAAACGGGAACCUUGAAGUCCGGGCUCUGGUUCCCUGUGAGAAGCUGCCACGGCCCACCGAGAUGUCCAGGCACCAUAGCCGCUUCGAAAGAGAUUACCGCGUAGGCUGGGACCGCCGUGAGUGGACUGUCAAUGGAACCCACGGGGCCACCAGUGUCUGUAGUGUCACCUCUGGUGCUGGUGGCGGCACAGCUAGCAGUCUCAGUGCACGACCAGGCCUCCUGCCCCUGCCCGUGGUGCCCUCCCGACUGCCCACACCCGCCACAGCUCCUGCUCCAUGCACGACAGGCAGCAAUGAAGCCAUCACCAGUCUCGUGGCCAGCUCGGCCUCUGCAGUCACCACCAAGGCUCCAGGCAUUUCCAAAGCCGACAAUCAGUCCCAGGGACUCACGACCAGCAUUCGAUGGGGCCAGACGCCCAUCAAUCAGUCCACACCCUGGGACACUGAUGAGCCGCCCUCCAAACAGAUGAGGGAGAGCGACAAUCCAGGCACAGGGCCAUGGGUGACCACGGUGGCCGCCGGGAACCAGCCUUCCCUGAUUGCACACUCCUAUGGAGUGGCCCAGCCUCCCACCUUCAGCCCGGCUGUGAACGUCCAGGCCCCGGUCAUCGGCGUGACUCCUUCACUGCCUCCCCAUGUGGGGCCCCAGCUCCCGCUGAUGCCAGGCCACUACUCACUCCCACAGGCGCCCUCUCAACCGCUGAGCAGUGUGGUGGUGAACAUGCCUGCCCAGGCCCUGUAUGGCAGCCCUCAGCCCCUGGCGGUAUCCACUUUGCCUGGAGUGGGACAGGUAGCCCGCCCGGGACCCACUGCUGUGGGCAACGGCCACAUGGCAGGGCCCCUGCUGCCUCCACCUCCACCAGCCCAGCCGUCUGCUGCUCUCCCCAGUAGUGUUCCUGCCACCAAUGGGCCCCCCACAACAGACUCUGCCCAUGGGCUACAAAUGCUACGGACAAUUGGGGUGGGGAAGUACGAGUUCACCGAUCCAGGGCACCCUAAAGAAAUGUUGAAGGAAUUGAACCAGCAGCGCAGAGCGAAAGCGUUUACAGACCUGAAAAUUGUUGUUGAAGGCAGAGAGUUUGAAGUCCACCAAAAUGUUCUAGCUUCCUGCAGCUUGUAUUUCAAGGACCUGAUUCAAAGGUCAGUGCAGGACGGCAGCCAGGGCAGCCGGGAGAAGUUGGAGCUGGUGCUCUCAAACCUGCAGGCUGAUGUACUGGAGUUACUGCUGGAAUUCGUCUACACUGGUUCACUGGUCAUCGACUCAGCCAAUGCCAAGACUCUGCUUGAGGCAGCCAGCAAGUUCCAAUUUCACACCUUCUGCAAGGUCUGCGUGUCCUUUCUCGAGAAGCAGCUGACCGCCAGCAACUGCCUGGGUGUGCUGGCCAUGGCUGAGGCCAUGCAGUGCAGCGAGCUCUACCACAUGGCCAAGGCCUUCGCCCUGCAGAUCUUCCCCGAGGUGGCAGCCCAAGAGGAGAUCCUUAGCAUCUCUAAGGAUGACUUUAUUGCCUAUGUCUCCAAUGACAGUCUCAACACCAAGGCCGAGGAGCUGGUCUAUGAAACUGUUAUCAAGUGGAUCAAGAAGGACCCAGCGGCACGUGCACAGUAUGCUGCAGAGCUCCUAGCUGCCGUCCGCCUCCCAUUCAUCCACCCCAGCUAUCUGCUCAAUGUGGUGGACAAUGAAGAGCUGAUCAAGUCAUCAGAAGCAUGCCGGGACCUGGUCAAUGAGGCUAAACGCUACCACAUGCUGCCCCAUGCCCGGCAGGAGAUGCAGACACCCCGAACCCGGCCCCGCCUCUCUGCAGGUGUGGCCGAGGUCAUCGUCUUGGUUGGGGGCCGUCAGAUGGUGGGGAUGACCCAGCGCUCACUGGUGGCUGUCACCUGCUGGAAUCCACAGAACAACAAGUGGUACCCCUUGGCCUCGCUGCCUUUCUAUGACCGAGAGUUCUUCAGUGUAGUGAGUGCCGGUGACAACAUCUACCUCUCAGGUGGUAUGGAAUCAGGGGUGACGCUGGCUGAUGUCUGGUGCUACAUGUCUCUGUUGGAUAACUGGAACCUGGUCUCCAGAAUGACUGUCCCUCGCUGUCGCCACAAUAGUCUUGUCUAUGAUGGGAAGAUUUACACACUUGGGGGACUUGGAGUGGCAGGCAAUGUGGACCAUGUGGAGAGGUAUGACACUAUCACUAACCAAUGGGAAGCAGUAGCCCCUCUGCCCAAGGCAGUGCAUUCAGCAGCGGCCACUGUGUGUGGUGGCAAGAUCUACGUGUUUGGCGGGGUCAAUGAGGCAGGCCGAGCAGCAGGUGUCCUUCAGUCCUAUGUGCCACAGACCAACACAUGGAGCUUCAUUGAGUCCCCAAUGAUAGACAACAAGUAUGCACCUGCUGUCACCCUCAAUGGCUUUGUGUUCAUCCUGGGAGGAGCUUACGCCCGAGCCACCACCAUCUAUGACCCAGAAAAGGGCAACAUCAAGGCAGGCCCGAACAUGAAUCACUCUCGCCAGUUCUGCAGUGCCGUGGUGCUUGAUGGUAAAAUUUAUGCCACUGGAGGUAUCGUGAGCAGUGAAGGACCAGCCCUGGGCAACAUGGAAGCCUACGAGCCCACAACCAACACGUGGACCCUCCUACCCCACAUGCCCUGUCCUGUGUUCAGACACGGCUGUGUCGUGAUAAAGAAAUACAUUCAAAGCGGCUGACAUCAGCAGAGAGCACAGGACAAGCCUAUGGGACGAAUCUGGUGAGGCAAAUGCCACACACCAUGGUUAUCUUUCGACACCAACGAGAGGCCCACAAAACACAAUCAAGAAACUCACUGCGCUAACAUUUCGAAUAUUCUCUACAUUGAAUGUAGAAAUUCAUCCUCGCCUUUUGGGUGAAGCGGGGCACAGCGCUCGGGCGACAGGAACCUGGAACGCACGGAGCCAGGGUUCGCUGGCUAGCCAAGGCGCUUGCUCUCAACAGGGGGCGCUCGCUCUGCCCGGUGCAAUAGUUUCACAUAUUUUUCAACUGGGAAAGAAGCUGUUUUUUUUUCCUUCUUGCAGAGCAAGCUCCAUCCCUAAACCACCAUAGAUCAGUUAUCCUGUGACAAUAUUGGGCAUCAGGCUCUUUUGGAAUAAGGUCAAAGUGUCCUUACCACUUUGAUUCCUACUUUUGUUUUU